GUGCGGGGUCGGGCUCGGCCAGUCCCGGCCGGCUCCGGGAGAGCCUGGCCCGAAUUCCUGCCUCCACCCUCUUUUUCGCCGCGAAGGUGACUGUUCCCCUUUGCCCCAGCCCUCUCAGACCCACCCGCGGAUUCCCAGGCGUCGGGAGACACGGAAAGGAGUGGGGUCUGGUGGAGGCCCCGGGCGUAUCGCUCUCCAGGCCGCCCUCCGCGGGCCUGCCCCGGCCACCGCUUUAGCGUCGGAGAGAAGGAUUUGGGGAGAAAGGUUUAACAGCCUGCGACUUCCUUGCUGAACUUUUCCCCCCCAAGACAGGCUGCCGAAAGCUGCGCCAUUGGAGGGAUCCGGGACCUCUGACUACUCGGGUUUGGCCCUGGCAUGUGUGGGAGCAGUUUUUAUUAGAGAGAAUGCUCAGUUUGCAAGUUAAUUUCGAGCCUCCAGCCACGUCAGGAAAAAAACAUGAAGGAAUUAAAGGAGGCCAGGCCACGCAAAGAUAACAGGCGUCCAGAUCUGGAAAUCUAUAAGCCUGGCCUUUCUCGGCUAAGGAACAAGCCCAAAAUCAAGGAACCCUCUGGGAGUGAGGAAUUCAAAGAUGAAAUCGUUAAUAACCGAGAUUCCUCUGCUGUUGAAAACGGUACUCAGCCCGUUAAAGAUGUCUGUAAGGAACUGAACAGCCAACAGCAGAAUGGUCCUAUAGACCCAGAAAAUAAUCGGGGACAAGAAUCCUUUCCUAGGACUGCUGGACAAGAGGAUCGUAGUCUCAAAAUUAUCAAAAGAACAAAGAAGCCAGACCUGCAGAUCUAUCAGCCUGGACGACGUUUGCAGACUGUUAGCAAAGAAUCAGCCAGUCGGGUGGAGGAGGAAGAAAUCCUCAACCAGGUAGAGCAACUGAGAGUAGAGGAAGAUGAGUGUAGGGGAAAUACUGCGAAAGAGGAAGUUGUGAAUAAACCAGACAGGGCUGAGACAGAAAAGAACCCAGGUGGUGACAGAGUAAGGGCUGCAAAGGGAGAAAAAGGAAAGAGGACUGAAAAAGGGGAGGGGAUGAGGAAAACCAAUGAUGACCCGGCCCAGGGGAAGCCAGGUUCUGCAAAGCGCUACUCCCGGUCAGACAAACGAAGGAAUCGCUACCGCACGUGCAGUACCAGCUCAGCUGGCAGCAACAACAGCGCUGAGGGAGCUGGCCUGACUGAUAAUGGAUGUCGCCGCCGCCGACAGGAUAGGACCAAGGAGAGGCCACGACUGAAGAAGCAAGUGUCUGUGUCCUCAACCGAUUCCUUAGAUGAGGACAGAAUUGAUGAGCCUGAUGGAUUAGGACCCAGGAGAAGUUCAGAAAGGAAGAAACAUUUAGAAAGAAACUGGUCUGGCCGUGGGGAGGGUGAGCAGAAAAGCAAUGGUAAAGAAAAUCGAGGCACUCUUCGUGUCACUUUUGAUGCGGAAGCCAUGAACAAAGAGUCUCCCGUGGUGAAGUCAGCCAGGGAUGAUGUGGAUAGAGGAAAGCCUGACAAAGGCUUCAGCAGUGGGGGCAAAGGCUCUGAGAAGCAGGAGUCCAAAAACCCGAAACAAGAACUUCGGGGUCGUGGUCGUGGCAUUCUGAUUCUGCCUGCCCAUACCACCCUAUCUGUCAGUUCAGCAGGCUCUCCAGAGUCCGCACCUUCGGGGCCUCGGCUUUUGUUUGGAUCUGGUGGUAAGGGACCUCGGAGUUGGGGCCGUGGAGGCACCACACGCCGGUUGUGGGACCCCAACAAUCCUGAUCAGAAACCUGCUCUGAAGACUCAGGCGCCCCAGCUGCAUUUCUUGGACACCGAUGAUGAAAUCAGUCCUACGUCUUGGGGUGACUCACGCCAGGCUCAAGCAUCUUACUAUAAGUUUCAAAACUCUGACAACCCCUAUUAUUACCCCCGGACACCAGGCCCUGCCUCCCAGUAUCCCUAUACGGGCUAUAACCCUCUGCAGUACCCCGUGGGCCCUACAAAUGGUGUGUACCCAGGGCCUUACUACCCAGGCUACCCGACUCCAUCAGGACAGUAUGUAUGUAGCCCUCUACCUGCCAGCACCAUGAGUCCCGAGGAGGUGGAGCAGCACAUGAGGAACCUGCAGCAACAGGAGCUGCACAGGCUUCUCCGGGUGGCUGACAACCAGGAGCUGCAGCUCAGCAACCUGCUCUCCAGGGACCGCAUCAGUCCAGAGGGCCUGGAGAAGAUGGCGCAACUCAGAGCUGAACUGCUGCAGCUAUAUGAGCGCUGUAUUCUAUUAGAUAUUGAGUUCUCUGAUAAUCAGAAUGUGGAUCAGAUCCUGUGGAAGAAUGCUUUCUAUCAGGUGAUUGAGAAGUUCAGGCAACUUGUCAAGGAUCCGAAUGUUGAGAACCCAGAACAGAUUCGGAACAGACUUUUGGAGCUCUUGGAUGAGGGUAGUGACUUCUUUGAUAGUUUGCUUCAGAAGCUGCAGGUUACUUACAAGUUCAAACUGGAAGACUACAUGGAUGGUCUUGCCAUUCGCAGCAAGCCAUUACGCAAGACAGUAAAGUAUGCCUUGAUCAGUGCCCAGCGAUGUAUGAUAUGCCAAGGAGAUAUUGCUAGGUACCGGGAGCAAGCCAAUGAUACCGCAAACUAUGGGAAAGCACGCAGUUGGUACCUGAAGGCCCAGCACAUUGCUCCCAAGAAUGGACGCCCCUAUAACCAGUUGGCUUUGCUGGCGGUGUAUACGAAAAAAAAAAGAAUGUCUCUCUAUGUUGCCAAGGCUUCUCUUGAACUCCUGGCUUCAAGUGAGCCUCCUCCCUCUGCCUCCCAAAGUCUUAUGUGUUUGUAUGUUUUAUAGGCAGAACAGAUGGAAAAGAAGCAACAUGAAGAAUUGGAACUGAGCCCUGACCAAUGGCGGAAAGGAAAGAAGUCUACUUUCCGGCACGUUGGAGAUGACACCACUCGCCUGGAGAUCUGGAUUCAUCCAUCCCAUCCACGGUCUUCCCAGGGCACUGAGUCUGGGAAGGAUUCUGAGCAAGAGAAUGGGCUGGGCAGCCUGAGUCCCAGUGAUCUGAACAAAAGGUUCAUCCUCAGUUUUCUCCAUGCCCAUGGGAAGCUGUUUACCCGGAUUGGGAUGGAGACAUUCCCUGCAGUGGCUGAAAAGGUCCUCAGGGAGUUCCAGGUGUUACUGCAGCACAGCCCCUCUCCCCUUGGAAGUACCCGCAUGCUGCAGCUUAUGACCAUCAAUAUGUUUGCGGUCCACAACUCCCAGCUGAAAGACUGCUUCUCAGAGGAGUGCCGCUCUGUGAUCCAGGAACAAGCUGCAGCUCUGGGCUUGGCCAUGUUUUCUCUACUGGUCCGCCGCUGCACCUACUUACUUAAGGAGUCCGCCAAAGCUCAGCUGUCCUCUCCUGAGGACCAGGAGGACCAAGAUGACAUCAAGGUGUCUUCCUUUGUCCCGGACCUGAAGGAGCUGCUCCCUAGUGUCAAAGUCUGGUCAGAUUGGAUGCUCGGCUACCCAGACACCUGGAAUCCUCCUCCCACAUCCCUGGAUCUGCCUUCGCAUGUUGCUGUGGAUGUGUGGUCGACGCUGGCUGAUUUCUGUAACAUACUGACUGCAGUGAAUCAGUCUGAGGUGCCACUGUACAAGGACCCGGAUGAUGACCUCACCCUUCUUAUCCUGGAAGAGGAUCGGCUUCUCUCGGGCUUUGUCCCCUUGCUGGCUGCCCCUCAGGACCCCUGCUACGUGGAGAAAACCUCGGAUAAGGUUAUUGCAGCUGACUGCAAAAGGGUCACAGUGCUGAAGUAUUUUCUGGAAGCCCUUUGUGGACAAGAAGAGCCUCUGCUGGCAUUCAAGGGUGGAAAGUAUGUGUCAGUGGCACCCGUCCCAGACACCAUGGGAAAGGAAAUGGGAAGCCAAGAGGGAACACGACUGGAAGAUGAGGAGGAGGAUGUGGUGAUCGAAGACUUUGAGGAAGACUCAGAGGCUGAAGGCAGCGGGGGCGAGGAUGACAUCAGGGAACUUCGGGCCAAGAAGCUGGCUCUGGCCAGGAAGAUAGCUGAGCAGCAGCGUCGCCAGGAAAAGAUCCAGGCUGUCCUGGAGGACCACAGUCAGAUGAGGCAGAUGGAGCUCGAAAUCAGACCUUUGUUCCUCGUACCAGACACCAAUGGCUUCAUUGACCACCUGGCCAGUCUGGCGCGGCUGCUGGAGAGCAGGAAGUACAUCCUGGUGGUGCCCCUGAUCGUGAUCAAUGAGCUGGACGGCCUGGCCAAGGGGCAGGAGACAGACCACCGGGCUGGGGGCUAUGCCCGUGUGGUACAAGAAAAGGCCCGCAAGUCCAUCGAGUUCCUCGAGCAGCGAUUCGAGAGUCGGGACUCUUGCCUGCGAGCCCUGACCAGCCGUGGCAAUGAACUUGAAUCCAUCGCCUUCCGCAGUGAGGACAUCACUGGCCAGCUGGGUAACAACGAUGAUCUCAUCCUGUCCUGCUGCCUCCACUACUGCAAAGACAAGGCUAAGGACUUCAUGCCUGCCAGCAAAGAGGAGCCAAUCCGGCUACUGCGGGAGGUGGUGCUGUUGACGGAUGACCGGAACCUGCGUGUGAAGGCGCUCACAAGGAAUGUUCCUGUACGGGACAUCCCAGCCUUCCUCACGUGGGCCCAGGUGGGCUGAGGGAGCCACACUGGGGCCCACCCCUGUGGAACCGUUCCUGAAAGGCUACCAGGCGCCCAGUGUAGCACAGAAGAUGCCCACGUGCCUGAGCCACCAAUCCACCCAGACAAUAAACCAUCCUCUUCCAACCCACGCCGUGGCCGUGCUGUGGGGGAGCUGCUCCUCACAGAGCCCCUGCCAAGGAUCGGGCGGAAGCUGCUGGGACCCUCCUGGGCUGCCAGGAUUUAGCAGGGAGGUGGCUGGCUACAGCGACAGCAGCUGGGCAAGCCAGAUAGGCCGCCCAUGCUCUCAGCCUUUCUCCCUCCCCCGUCUCAUUCCAAGGCUGGGGGAGGGCCUUCUCGCCUGGGGACGCAGCCACUUUCUCCAGUGGAGACAGGGCAGGGGUUCAGUUUCCAUCAGAUCAGUGAAAUCACAGGUCCCUUUCAUCCUCAGAACCUCUGUCCUGAAAUGUGUUCAAGAGGCUUUGGUUAUGUCAGGAAGAAGUGCCCAGGGCAUGUGUCCCCAUCUCCCUGAGGCCUGGACUCGCCCAUGGACCCAAGUUGGCUUCUAGACACCAUGUCCCUAACAGCAGCCCUGGGCCCCCACCUCUUCUACCAUCCACCCCAGACACACCAACCACACACCCUUCCUGCUGGUCUUCUUCCUGCCUUUAUCAGCCUGGGUCCCUCACACUUUGCCAUUUGUCUCCCCUUGGACAGUCAUGGGUCGAGAGGAAAGGGGCAUCUGGUCUCAGGCCCAUGCUCUCGGGUGGCCUCCACCUGCUCCCUCUCUCCUCACUGGCCUUUCUUUCAGUCUAGCUUCCUCUUCAGGAAAUGUCCUCAGACUCUCCUCAGCUGCUCCUUCACCCCUCUCUGCCUGCCUACCCUCCCUCCAGAAUAGCCCCUCAUCCUCCUUUCCCUUGUAGUUGAUCCUUUUCACCUCCCUGAUCCACUUCAUUUCUUCACUGCGGUUCCUCGUCAUAGGGGUUCUCACUCUGAACCUUCCCUCUCUACUACCCAUGGCAGGAACUUAGUACAUACAGCUCUCCCACCCAGGGCCUUCCACCCUCGGCUCCUGUGCUGCGAGAAACUUCCAGGCAUGGACAGCCCAGCCUGAGGCAUUCCAGUGCCUGGGGCAGCAUCACCUAACCUGGUUUCUAGCUUUGCCCUCACUUCCAAGAAGGGACACAGGGGCCCUUUCCUUGCCCCUUUAGCUGGUACCUCAGUGGGGAGGCUUCCUUACCGGGAAUGAGUUCCUCCAACCCAGAGCCAGAGAUGAGGACGACUUAGGGGAAGACAGGGUUUUAGGUGGAGCCAGGGGCAAAUCUUAAUGGGACCAGUGGGGGAUACCCCAGAGCCCGUGGCCUGACUGCACAGCUCUGCCCUCCCUGAGGCCUAGGACUAUGCUAGAAGCAAUGGGGUACCGUGCAGGGGGGCCAAGGCCAAUAGUUUGGGGUUAGGAGUCCCCUAGCGUCUCAGAAGACCGGGCUUUUUGGAGUACAGGGUCCCCGGCCUCUCCUUUAAGAUUCUCUUCCCAGCUGGAAGGCCGAUGGACUGGGCGGUUGGGAGGGAGACCCAUCUCUCCUUUCUGUCCCGUUUGCAGCACUGGUUUUGUUUCCUUAAUAAAUUUUUAGUUAUGAAACAUA